CCUUUGUGGGGAGGACAGGAGGAGGAGAGCGGGAUGCGCGCGCAGCUUCAGGCUGUCGCUUCGACGGAACCGCAGCGAACAGAUAAAAAUCGAGUUUUUCUAUUUAAUUUUAGAAUUGCGCCUUUUGUGUUGCUGCUGUCGGAAAGCACCGGUCUGAGGAGAGGUGUGCGAAAGCGCUAGGCUGUUCGGGAGGGAUCCUACGAGAGUAAUGGAAGAGUCCUCAGACUAAACACUCGAUGAUAUUUAUCAACUUUUCUGGCUGAAUCAUGGAAGGAAGUGAUGAUGUGCGCCCAAACGUAACACAAGCUCAGAAUGCCGUGUGCGGCCCAGAGCAGGGAGGAGGGGAAGUGGUCGGUAAGGUGGAAGAUGGAGGAAACCAGCCGAAUGCUGAUUCUUGUGGCAGCAGCGUAGCGGGACUGAACAAAGAGGGGCUGUCUAACCACGUGGACAAUCCUGCUCCAUCUCUGUUGAGUCCCACCGCUGAGACUCCAGGGGGGGUGGCUCUCAAAGUAGCUACGACUGUCCUUCACCCCGUGUGUCUGGGAGAGAGUCCGCUGAUGCUGCCUAUCCACCUCCAGAUGGCCGGAGCAGCCGGGCCUCAGCUCGGACAGAUAGGGGCAGCGCCGUACUUGAUAACGAGCCAAAGCCCAGUUUCACUGCCGCUGGUUUUGGACCAGCAGGUCAUCCAACACAUGAGUCCCCCGGUGCUCCCUCAGAACACUGCCUGCUCUCAGCUGCCCCUCCAGAACAACAUCCUGUGUCAGAAUCUGUUUGGUCUACCUCCAGCUGUUGACCCAAAGGUAGCGGGGCAGGCUCAGGAGGCCAACCUGCUCUCUCUCCUGCAGAAUCCAGGUUUUGCAGCCAUCUUGCAGGACCUCUUUCCUCCUCAGGCAGGUUCAUCAACCUGUCAGUCUCCAGGCUCAGCCUUCUUCCCCUUCCCUCCCCUCACUCCUUCCUACUCCUCCUCUCUGGCACCGCUGGUACCUCCUGCUACAAUUCUGGUCCCCUAUCCUGUCAUCAUUCCCCUACCCGUUCCUCUGCCCAUCCCACUCCCCAUCCCCAUCCCCGUCCCUCAGACUGAGGACUCGAAGGGGACCAUGCCAAAACCAGUUUGCACUGUGAGUAAAAGCACUCAGACAUCAUCUAAAGAUACUACCUCUCCCUCAUCAUCUACAAGGAAGUGCACGUCUCCUUUCCAGCCCCAAAACGGGUCCCCGUCCUCUCUGCCUCUAGAGGAGGGACAUGUGCUGGACCUCUCCGUCAGGGCAUGUCCAAUAGAACUGAAACAAGAAUAUCCCAGUCCACAGCAGGACAGUGUGCUGGACUUGUCCGUGCCCAGUGUGAGAAAGUUGUGCGUCCCGUCAGAAAGACAAGCGGCUUUAGAGUCGGGCCAAGAUCCAAAUAGCUCUGCAUUGUCUCUGGGUGUUGAAUGUUCUCAGAGUUUAGACUCCAAACUCCUGGGCAGCCUGACCUCGCUGGAGUUCAGCCGGCAGCACAAGUGGCUGUUGGACACCAGCGUGGCUGGCUCCAGCUCUCUGGGUCAGGAGGCGUCUCUGAGCGGAGCUGGAAACCUGGAGAUAGUCAGCACCUCUCAGACGGCCAAGGUUAUUGUCUCUGUGAAGGACGCCAUCCCUGCUAUCCUCUGUGGAAAAAUCAAAGGCCUCUCAGGAGUCUCCACCAAGAACUUCUCCAUCAAGCGGGAUGGCAGCCAGGGGUCGCUGCAGCAGCUCUACGGGAUGCCGUCAGUGUCUCAUGGGGACCAAGACCCCAACAACCCUCAUAAAAAGGUCUCCAAAAACAGAGGUAUCAAACUCAAGAAGGUCAGCUCACAGGAGAUCCACUUCCUACCCAUUAAGAAGCAGAGACUGGCGGCACUGCUGCCCAGGAAGUGAGAAGACUCACCGGGGCUUAAUGACUCCACAGAUGUCCCUAGAUGGUGUAACAUUACACACAAGUGGGGACAUUCUGUAAUCAAACAUUGUUGAGUCCAAUCUGAGGGCAGAGGCUGAUGAAAGUCUCUGUGGAGAAGAGGAAAGGCCCGGCUCCUCUGAAGGAGCGUGCAAGCCCAAACUACAGCAGAACCGGCUGUCAGGGUUGUCUGCAGCAGCUCAGUUAGACGCGUCUUUGUCUCCGUAAACCAGCUGGUUUAUGUUUCUGUUCCUUCAGCCUGCCUCGCAGGUCUGCUUCCUCAUGAAUGUGAUUUUCUUUACAGCUGAGCUAGCGUGGUGUGUGUGCUCGGCUAACGUGACCGAGACUGUUUGAACAUGUCACUGGAACCUCCAGCGGCUAACUGGUGGUGGUUGGGGUUUUUAGCUUGACAGGCUAAUGUUGAGUUGGCCACAGCUUCAUCGAACCAAUGCCGGCAGCAGCUGAUGCUCGCAACAAGAGACCGUACACUCUUACUUGGUUAUGAAGCGAGACUUUUAACGGUUUUCAGAUUGGAAGCGAGCUCUGCGAGUUUACUUAAGCAGGGAGACUAAGACUUAACUAGCCAAAGCUGGUGAAACCGCGUCUAAAAUCCUGACAGUCCCACUGUUUGUAUCAACUGAUCAACUUUUACCGUUACGUUUUACACCCGUGAUGUUUAUGUAGGUAUUCUGUGUGUAAUUAGACUGUUAGUAGAUGUGAUCAGCCUCUCCCUCCUUCAUCAGAUCCAAAGUUGUGUGUUUGUGCAUCUGAGUGCACUUUGUCAUAGUUUAGUCGUGUACAUGAAGACGUAACAGCAGUCGUGUGCAGACGGUCUGGGUGAGCAGACGUGGAAAAUACCUCGGAGCUCCAGCUUUUCAUCUUUUUUUAAAAUGUCUCCAUCAAUCCCAGAACAUCUGAACUGGUGCCGGCAUUCCUUUUGAGUUGAGCAGGUUGAUCACUUUACGUGGACUGCACCUCCCUCUAAUUUAUUACCUGUGCACCUUUUUAUUUAUGCAGUGUCACCUGUCACAGGUGGAUGAUUCCUGUCAUUAACAUAAAGCACUCCCAGCAUCUGAAAGCUGUUUAAUUUAAAACCACAGAUUAAAUCAUGCUUGUAUUUAAAUAUUUGCUAAGUGUAGUGUGUGUGUGUGCGCGCGUGUGUGUGCGUGCUUUUUUAUAUUGAAGUGAAAUCUAAUGUCGAAGUCCAGAUCUGCUUGUUAUCUGCUGGUUAUUUUAUUGAAAUUAAACUGGUUUGAUUUAUUUAUACAUUGUUUUUCCAUUAAAAUAGUUUGGAUUUUGA